GAAAUCUUAAAGAAAAAGGCGUAAAAGUUUCGUGUUGUACAAAAACUUGCCCUCUCAAAUUCCCUCCAUCCCCUUUAUCAACCGGUCGGAGAUCACAAAUUCGCCGUCUCUCCGCAGAUUUCCCAACACUCUUUUCAAAUUCCUCGUUCAUCCUCAACUCUCAUCAGCUUAAAAAAGGGAAAACAACAGCGGGAAAGAGAAACCAUCACCUCCCACAUCGACGAUAUUGCCGGCAUUAUCUUCUCCGGCGACGAUGGCUGUCGAUACAGACUUUACUUCGCUUUUUAACAAUUUGAAGGUCGAAGAUCCAUGGCUUCCACCUAGACCUUGGGAAUCAAUUCCUACAGAGAGUGGACGUUCUGUCACUUCAACAUCUAUUUCCUCUCCUUCAAUUUCUAGACGCCUCUACGACACAUCAACUGUUUCUGAGGCUAGUUUAGUAAGGUUGGCAAUGAACGCUCUGCAAGGAUUAGAGUCAUCUCUUACAAGCAUUGACAGACUAUGCACAAUAUUCCGUUCUGAUCCAACAGACAGAACAUUUCACCGAAUUCCUAGUCUAUGGAACCAGUCUGUAAGUACACUUGCUCUUGAGAAGAUACUUAGAUCCUUAGGCUGCAUGGGCUGUGAAGUUUUCUUUCUCUAUAAAUUUAUUAGUCACUUCACAAACAUAAAUCCGGAUGAGGCAAGUAGCAAUUAUCCUCCAUACAGUCUGGUCAACCAGGCUUUUGCAGUCGCCAUUGGAGAUGUUUUGGAAGGUUACAUUGCUGCAUUGGAUACUUUAUCUUCUUCUGUUUGCCUGAGAAGAUUAUCAUUUAAUGAUAGCAUGAUCGGGUGUCUUUCAAGUGUUGGGCAUUCUGAGGUUACAUUGUUGGAGGUUUUUCUUCAUACGAAAGAAUUAAGAAGUCAGAUUGAGGUUAUUGGAAGCAUAUGCAAUGUGCAUGAUAUAGCUCUUUGUUUCUCACUUUCACCCCUUGAGGAUUUAGGUACUCAAACAAAAUUUAGUGAGUUUCCAAGAGGUGGAAAUCUUCUUACUUAUUUGUACAACGAGCUCAAGGUUGCUGAUCCAGUCCAUUGUGCACUUCUCAAAACUCUCUUCAUUCGUUCAUGUGAACCAUAUUUUGACUUUAUUAGAUCCUGGAUUUUCAAGGCCAAAAUUGUUGAUCCAUUUAAUGAGUUCAUAGUGGCUGAGGCUGAUAGUCAUCAAUCUUAUUCACUUUCCAACACUGGAGUUCUUGUUGACUUCCCUUCAGCCACCAUCAGGGAGGAAGAUGGAGUUUCUGUUCCAUGUUUUCUGAGGGAAUUCUUGAUUCCACUGUUUAGGGCUGGUCAGCAGCUUCAAGUACUGAUAAAAUUGCUGGAAUUUUCUGAUGGUGUUGGGAAUUGGAAUCGUACUUAUGAGGACUUUCUUCCAUAUUGGAGUAAAAUAUCAAGCUCCCAUUUGUCACAUGCAUCUCAUAUGGCUUUCAGUAAAGAAGGAAUUGAGAAAAUGGUACUUGCAAGAAGAGACUACUAUAAAAUCAUGAUGGAGAAACUCAAACAUCAUUUGCCAAACCUAGAGUUCAGAUAUCAUCAGGUAAUUCCACACUCUACAGCACCAAUUUCUGUUUCUAAUGGUAGAGGAAGUCUGGAAUUACUAUCUUCUUCAGCAAAGAAUAUGAAUCAAAAUCUGCGUCUUGAUACAGUAGAUAGCGAUCUAUCUAGCAUGACAGAAGAGUUCUCAUAUGAGAAUGAUCCAUUAGAUUCAUCCGAAUGUUCAUCUGCUGAAGAAGACAUAGAGAAAUCUGAGAAUAUAAUCGAAUCUUUUCAUGAUGCAGAAGAUCUGGAGAAAAAAUACUUGUCUGCUUUAGAAUUUAAAUCAGAUACCUCUUCCCAUAUUCUGUCUAAAAUUUCCUCUCAAGUUAAGAGUCCAUCCACCAUAAGAAGUGGUUCACAUGAGUCAGAUAGGAAUGAUUUGUCAUCAACACCAGAAAAAACUCAAUAUGAGAAUAAUCAACCACUUAAUCCCAUUUGUAAUGCUAUAGGGAACAUAGAAGAUGUUGCUUUGAGUUUAAAAAGCUUGAAAUCAUGGGAAGUUGAAUCUGCUAAUAACCUAAUACAAGGAACAAGCAAACUUCGUGAAACAUCUUCCAAAGUCAAUUUACCUUCUUUUGACUUUAAGUCAAUACGAGAUCCUUUUACUGAAUGUGUAGAUAGAUUAGGAAUAGGAAUUUCUAAUAGAGCUGACCAUUUCUCAGUUCCAGCUAAUAAUACUGCUCCCAUGAAGAGAAAUUACCAUAAAGCCCCUGGUGAUGAUACACUCCCUGUCAACAAGACUUCAUUCCAUAAACUUGAAGAUAUUCGUUUCAAAACUGAUCACCAAAAACACGAACUGUUACCAAAUGUAUCUGGUGGUGGUGGUGGUGGUGGUUGGCAGGUUAUGCUUAGUGGCACUGGCAACAAAAAUGUAAUCCUCCGCCCUGGUGACCAUAGUAAGACUGGUGUGGCUGCAGUUAUUGAGAUACCAUUGGAUUUUGUUCUUGAGAAAUGCUUGUUGGAGGAGAUUCAACUACAAUAUAUUUAUGUGAGUAAAUUGACAAUUAAGCUACUUGAGGAAGGUUUUUCUUUACAAGAACAUUUGUUGGCUUUGAGGAGAUACCACAUGAUGGAAUCAGCAGAUUGGGCAGAUUUAUUUAUCGUGUCCCUUUGGCAACAUAAAUGGUAUGCCACAGAGGCAGAUAAAAGGAUAUCUGAAAUACAGGGGCUUCUAGAACUUUCAGUUCAGAGGUCUUCAUGUGAAAGAGACCAUUAUAAAGAUAGACUCUUUGUUUACAUGAAAGAACAAGGCUCCACAUCUCUUCCUGGUUUUGCAACUGGUAUACAGUCCUUCAAUGUUUUAGGCCUGGGUUACAGAGUAGAUUGGCCAGUGAGCAUUGUUUUGACUCCUGCUGCAUUAAAAAUAUAUGCUCAAAUCUUCAGUUUUUUGAUACAAGUCAAACUUGCUUUAUCUUCUUUGACUGAAAUAUGGUGUUCAUUUAAGGAAUUCAUGCAUUUCACCAACAAGAAUCGUCAUUCUGAUGUACAGAAAUCCCAUUUCAAUAUCAUGGUGAAAUUGAGGCACCAGAUUUUCCAUUUUGUAUCAACAUUGCAGCAAUAUGUUCAGUCUCAGUUAUCACAUGUAUCCUGGUGUAGAUUUCUAGAGUCUCUCAAGCAUAAGGUUAAGGAUUUGACAGAUCUCGACAUUGUGCAUAUGGAUUAUCUCAAUGAUUCACAAUGCAUAUGUUUUUUAUCUGAUGAUAUGAAACAAAUAGCUGAGAUUAUUCAAAGCAUUUUGCAAUGUGCAUUGGACUUCAGAUCUUUUGUUGUGCCAAACAAAUCAGCUGUCAACAUUGCUCAGGUUGUGAGCAUUAAAGAAGCAUUUGAGAAAAACAUGAGACAAUUUUUCUUCAAGAUGAGCAACAUGACAAGUGAAAGUGAAGAGAGAAUAUCCUGCAAAAAUUCACCAAGUUUCGAUGAAGGUAGCACUGAAAGUGAAAGAAACAUGGUAGAAGGAACAGGAUUUGGGUCACUAAAGAAAGGUCCCUGGACAUCUGCUGAAGAUGCAAUAUUGAUGGAAUACGUGAGCCAGAAUGGAGAAGGGAAUUGGAAUGCUGUUCAGAAGCUCUCAGGGCUAUCUCGUUGUGGUAAAAGCUGUCGCUUACGUUGGACAAAUCAUUUGAGACCUGACCUUAAAAAAGGCGCAUUUUCCCCUGAGGAAGAACGCCUCAUCAUUGAACUUCAUGCUAAAAUGGGAAACAAAUGGGCACGUAUGGCUGUUGAGUUACCCGGACGCACAGAUAAUGAAAUCAAGAACUUUUGGAACACUAGGACCAAAAGAAAGCAACGUGCCGGAUUACCAAUUUACCCUCACGACAUCUCUUUCCAACAACUCAACGAUAACUCCCAGAAUCAAAACAUGCUCAUGUUCCCCAAUGGCGAUUCCGGAAUUUUCCCACCAACCACUAACCUCCACAUUCCAUCCAUCGAUUACAAAGAUUUCAUACUAAAUCAUGAGUUUUAUCAAAAUCAAAUUCCCACCGAAAGUAGCUUGCUUGAUAUUGCAUUCCCUAUGCCAACACCAUAUCCACCUAAGCGCAUCAGGCCAGGUGGCAGUGGUGGUGGUGGUCUUGGUGAUGUUUUUUCUGGUAUGAAUGGAUAUGAAGAUGAGAAGAUUGGUCAAACUUUGACCCCAUCAUCAUCAUCUUACUUAUAUAAUACAGGCAUAGGCAGCCAUGCCUUUAUAAAUGGCAACAAUUGUUCAUCUUUUGAGCCCAAUUUAUGGGCAAUGAAGAAUGAGCUCCCUUCACUCCAAUAUUUUCAUGGUGCACCACCUUCUUCUUCUUCUUGUUCUUCCUUUGAAAUUGAGUGGUCGGAAUCUGAUUCCCACUCACGUAGGAACAGUGGCCUGUUAGAAGCUGUGCUCCAUGAAUCAGAAACCUUAAAAAUCUCAAAAACCAAGAAUGAUCUCAACAAUGUUGAUGAUCAGAAUUUGGUUUCGGAUUGUUAUGGUUCCCCAUUGACUUAUUCAGCUGCAUCCGUGUUUAGUGAAUAUACUCCAAUCAGUGGAACCUCAAUGGAUGAACAUCUUUCAGUUGAAGCUACUUCAGUUAAGCAGGAAGCAGGUGAAUCCGAUGACAUCUGGAAUGACGUCAGCUGUUUGAGGCCAGAUUCUCUUCUUGGCUUAAACUGGUUUUCUAGUGAUCCCAUAACUUCACUUGUUUCCCAUCACGAUGACAACUCUACAACAAUCCACACAGGGUCUCAAUAUCUUUAAACUAUUAUUAUUAUUAUUAUUAUUAUCCUUGUUUAUUAAAUUCAUAAAAUAACACUUGUUUGUAAUUCCUUUAAACCCGGAUCUUGUUUUACUAUUUGGUUGGGAU